UAUUUAUAUACCACUCUAACUACUGGCCAAAGAUCCAAAACCAUCUCAGCCUUCACUAUGACAGAUCCUCAGUCCAAUUUAUACGCUGGAACCUUCAACUUCAUGCCCCUCUAUUCUCACCACUCUUCUUUCACUUCUCAAUCAAACCUAUUCUCUUCCUACCCUCUUGGAAACUUAAACAACACCGACACUUUUUCCAUUCAAUCCGAAACCUCUUCCUCUUGUGCAGCUCCUCCUAACUCCCCUCCUCGCAGAGAAGCCCUUCCUCUCAUAAACAACAUAAGCCUCACACAAAAGAAGGAAAAUAAUGAACCCUCAAACAGUGGUGGAGAAGUUGAAGAGGAAGGACAGAAGAAAAGGGACAAAGAUGAGAGUCUUUUGACUAGUACUAAUAAAGAUGUUGAUGAUGAAACUGUGACAGUAGCACUGCGCAUAGGGCCUCCUAGCAUGGAUCAUGCUUCUGAUCUUAUGGGAUCAAGGAAGAUCUCAACUUGUGCUGAAAUGGGUGAAAAGGGUGAAGUGAGUGAGAUUUCUGGACACCCUUUGGAUAGAUUAAACAAGGUUCAGUAUUGGAUUCCCACCCCUUCCCAGAUUCUCAUUGGUCCUACUCAGUUUUUAUGUUCUGUGUGCUCUAAGAGUUUCAACAGAUAUAAUAAUCUUCAGAUGCAUAUGUGGGGACAUGGAUCUCAAUAUAGGAAGGGGCCUGAUUCUCUAAAAGGAACACAACCAUCAGCUAUGCUAAGGCUUCCAUGCUUUUGUUGUGCACCAGGUUGCAAGCACAACAUUGACCACCCAAGAGCGAGGCCUCUCAAGGACUUCAGAACUCUUCAAACACAUUACAAGAGAAAACAUGGUGUGAAACCCUACAGGUGCAGAAAGUGUGACAAAGCGUUUGCAGUGAAAGGUGAUUGGCGGACACAUGAGAAAAACUGUGGCAAAAUAUGGUACUGUUUAUGUGGAUCUGAUUUUAAACACAAAAGAUCUCUAAAAGAUCACAUAAAGGCCUUUGGCCAUGGCCACGGAGCUAUUGACAUUGAUUGCAUGCAAGAAGAUGAAGCGGCCUCCGAAAUUGAUGAACAUGAUAGGGAUAGCUCAAUGUGAAAUUAAUAAGAUGGAAAACAAAAAGUUGAAGUUUUCAUCAUGUAGUUAAUUACACAAACAUAUAUAUGCUUAAUUAUAAUA